GAAUGUGAUUUAGUUAUAGUACUUCAACAACCUGAUGAUAGGCAUUUUAGUGGCGAAAUUAUUCCACGUAUAAAUCGUGAAAUUGCUCCUCCUGAUUCAGAUACAAGCGUAACAUCUGAUUAUAAAGAGGACGAAGAAAUUAAGAAACGUAAAGAAAACGUGCUAAAAGGCUCCAUAAGGAUAAUUAUGACAAGUGUAAAGAAAUUAAACUGGAAGGUCAUCCAGGAGAGUUUCCAAAAAAUAAAGAAAGAAGAUAAUAAAGAAGAUAAAGAUCCGGAAGUCGAUACUAAAGUUAUUGGUAAUAGCGAUGAUGAUAAAAAUAAGGACGAUAAAGAGGAUGAUAAGAAUAAAGAGGAUGAUAAAAGUAAAGAGGAUGAUAAUAGUAAAGAGGAUGAUAAAAGUAAAGAAGAUGACAAGAAAAUGAAUAAGAAAUAUCUUAAUUAA